AUGGGCCCCCGUACCGCCUCCUCACGCUGCUGCAAGGUCCACAGUGUGUCAUGCCAUGUGCCACUUUCAGGUCUCCUCACACUGCUGCCAGGCCCCUAAUCUGCCCUGGGCCCCUGUACCGCCUCCUCACGCUGCUGCAAGGUCCACAGUGUGUCAUGCCAUAUUACGUGCCUCACAUUGCUGCGGCCAGGCCCCCUAAUCUGCCAUGGGCCCCUGUACCGCCUCCUCACGCUGCUGCAAGGCCCCAAAUCUGCCAUGGGCCCCCGUACCGCCUCGUCACGCUGCUGCUAGGUCCACAGUGUGUCAUGGGUCCCUGUACGGCCUCCCAUUGCUGCUGUUUCCAUCGCCACACUCUGCCAUGUGCCACUUUCAGGUCUCCUCACACUCCUGCUGGUUUCCAUUUUGUCAUAGGGUGCUGUAUGGCCUCCCAUUGCUGCUGCCUCCACCGCCACACUGUGGCUCAAAACACUGGUUUUGGCCCCGUGACGGGCCAAAUGAGUGAAGUGUGCGGUGAUUCUAAGAUCGACGGCACUCAUCUGCAUGUCAUACUGACUGACAGUAUUAUUUCUCUUCCCCAGCAGACUCCAAGGGCAUUUAAAUUAAAGGUACAGUGUUCUGCACUAAUAUAA